UGCCAGGAAGAUGGCUGUGGUGCUGCGCUACGUGUGGCCUCUGUUCCUGUGCAGCCCCUGCGUACUCAUCCAGAUCCCCGAGGAGUAUGAGGGCCGCCAUGUGAUGGAACCACCCAACAUUACAGAGCAGUCACCCAGGCGCCUGGUUGUCUUCCCCACUGAUGACAUCAGCCUCAAAUGCGAGGCCACUGGCAAACCCAAAGUGCAAUUCCGCUGGACACGAGAUGGUGUGCGCUUCAAACCUGAGGAGGAGCGGGGUGUGACUGUGAACCAGGUGGCCCACUCGGGCUCCUUCACCCUCACAGGCAAUAGCAGCAACUUCGCCCAGAGAUUCCAGGGCACCUACCGCUGCUUUGCCAGCAACAAGCUGGGCACUGCCAUGUCCCAUGAGAUCCAGCUGGUGGCUGAGGGGGCCCCCAAGUGGCCAAAGGAGACAGUGAAGCCGGUGGAGGUGGAAGAAGGGGAGCCAGUGGUGCUUCCUUGCCACCCACCGCCCAGCGCUGAGCCCCCCCGCAUCUACUGGAUGAACAGCAAGAUCCUUCACAUCAAGCAGGACGAGCGGGUGACAAUGGGCCAGAAUGGGAACCUCUACUUUGCCAAUGUGGUCACCACAGACAACCACUCGGACUACAUCUGCCAUGCUCACUUCCUCGGGGCCCGCACCAUCAUUCAGAAGGAGCCCAUUGACCUCCGGGUCAAGGCCACCAACAGCAUGAUUGACAGGAAGCCACGCCUGCUCUUCCCCACCAACUCCAGCAGCCAACUGGUGGCCUUGCAGGGACAGCCCCUGGUCUUGGAGUGCAUCGCUGAGGGCUUCCCGACACCCACCAUCAAAUGGCUGCGCCUCAGUGGUCCCAUGCCAUCCGACCGUGUGACCUACCAAAAUCACAACAAGACACUACACCUGGUGAAUGUGGGUGAGGAGGACGAUGGCGAGUACCACUGCCUGGCCGAGAAUGCGCUGGGCACUGCUCGGCACACGUACUACGUCACUGUGGAGGCUGCCCCGUACUGGCUGCACCAGCCCCAGAGCCAUUUGUAUGGGCCAGGAGAGACGGUACGUCUACACUGCCAGGUCCAGGGUCGACCGCAGCCGGAAGUGAGCUGGAGGAUCAACGGCAUCCAUGUGGAGGAACUGAAAGGCGAGCAGAAGUCCUGGACUCAGCUGGGAGACUCCUUAGUCCUGAACAACGUGCAGCCCAGUGACACAAUGGUGACCCAGUGUGAGGCCCGCAACCGGCACGGGCACCUGCUGGCCAACGCCUACAUCUAUGUUGUUCAGCUACCCACCCAGAUCCUGACUCCAGACAACCAGACAUACCUGGCUGUCGAGGGCAGCACAGCUUACCUUCUGUGCAAGGCGUUUGGAGCCCCUGUGCCCAGCAUCCAGUGGCUGGAUGAGGAAGGGGCGACCGUUCUGCAAGAUGAACGCUUCUUCCCCUACGCCAAUGGAACUCUGGGUAUCCGGGACCUCCAGGCCAAUGACACCGCACGCUACUUCUGCCAGGCCACCAAUGACCAAAACAAUGUGACCAUUGUGGCUAACCUGCAGGUCAAAGAUGCUACUCAGAUCACACAGGGGCCCCGAAGUACAAUUGAGAAGAAGGGCUCCAGGGUAACGUUCACAUGCCAAGCCUCCUUUGAUCGCUCCUUGCAACACAGUAUCACCUGGCGCAGGGAUGGCCAUGACCUCCAGGAGCUUGGAGACGACGACAAGUACUUCAUUGAGGAUGGCCACCUGGUCAUCUACAGCCUGGACUACAGUGACCAGGGCAACUACAGCUGUGUGGCCAGCACCAAGCUGGACAGAGUGGAGAGCCAGGCCCAGCUUCUGGUGGUGGGGAGCCCUGGGCCUGUGUCCCAGCUGGAGCUGGCCGACCACCACCUGUUGAAACAGAGCCAGGUGCACCUGUCCUGGAGCCCCGCCGAGGACCACAAUGCCCCCAUUGAGAAGUAUGACAUUGAAUUUGAAGACAAGGAAAUGGAGCCAGAGAAAUGGUUCAGUCUGGGCAAGGUGCCAGGCAACCAGACCUCUGCUACCCUCAAGCUGUCACCCUAUGUCCACUACACCUUUAGGGUCACUGCCAUCAAUAAGUAUGGCCCCGGGGAGCCCAGCCCAGCCUCUGAGACCGUGGUCACACCUCAGGCAGCUCCGGAGAAGAACCCAGCGGAUGUGAGGGGGGAAGGGAACGAGACCAACAACAUGGUCAUUACGUGGAAGCCACUCAAGUGGAUAGACUGGAACGCCCCACAGGUUCAGUACCGAGUACAGUGGCGCCCUCAGGGGGCCCGGGGGGCAGCCUGGCAGGAGCAGAUUGUGAGCGAGCCGUUUCUAGUGGUGACCAACACAUCCACCUUCGUGCCCUAUGAGAUUAAAGUCCAGGCUGUCAACAGCCAGGGCAAGGGCCCCGAACCGCACGUCGCCGUUGGCUACUCCGGGGAGGACUUUCCCCAGGCCAGUCCCCAGUUAGAUGACGUCAAGGUCCUCAACUUCAGUGCUGUGCUGGUCAAGUGGCAGCCAGUGGACCCAGCCCAGGUCAAGGGCCACCUCCGGGGAUACAAUGUGACGUACUGGUGGGAGGGCAGCCAGAGAAGGCACAGCAAGAGACAUGUGCACAGAAGCCACAUAGUGGUACCUGCCAACAUCACCAGUGUCAUUCUCAGCGACCUGCGACCCUAUAGCUCCUACCGCCUGGAGGUGCAGGCCUUCAAUGGGCGGGGAGCGGGGCCUGCCAGUGAGACCACCUUUGUCACCCCAGAGGGAGUGCCCGGCCACCCUGAGGCGCUGCACCUGGAAUGCCAGUCGGACACCAGCCUGCUUCUGCGCUGGCAGCCUCCGCUAAGCCACAAUGGUGUGCUCACUGGCUAUGUGCUCUCCUACCGCCCAGUGGACAAGGGUGGUGAGGAACAGCUGUCGUUCGAACUCUCGAACCCGGACCUCCGGAUGCACAACCUGACGAACCUCAGCCCUGACCUUCGGUACCGCUUCGAGCUCCAGGCCACCACGAAGAAGGGCCCGGGCGAAGCCAUUGUUCGGGAAGGGGGCACCAUGGCCUUGUCAGGGGUCCCAGAUUUUGGCAAUAUCUCGGCCAUGGCAGGCGAGAACUACAGCAUCGUCUCCUGGGUCCCUAAGGAGGGCCAGUGCAACUUCGGGUUCCACAUCCGGUUCAAGGCCCGGGGUGAGGAGAAGGUGGGGGCCUUCCUCCCGUCACAGUACGUCAGCUACAACCAGAGUUCCUACACACAGUGGGACCUGCAGCCGGACACGGACUACGAGAUCCACCUGCUCAAGGAGAGAGUGGUCCUGCGCCAGAUGGAGGUGAAGACCAACGGCACCGGACGGGUGAGGCUGCCUCCGCCCAGCUUUGCCACCGAGGGCUGGUUCAUCGGCUUUGUCAGUGCCCUCGUCCUUCUGCUCCUUGUCCUGCUCAUCCUCUGCUUCAUUAAGCGCAGCAAGGGUGGCAAGUACUCAGUGAAGGACAAGGAGGACACCCAGGCCGACUCCGAGGCGCGGCCGAUGAAAGACGAGACCUUUGGCGAGUACAGGUCCCUGGAGAGUGACAACGAGGAGAAGGCCUUUGGCAGCAGCCAGCCAUCCCUCAAUGGGGACAUCAAGCCUCUGGGCAGUGAUGACAGCCUGGCCGAUUAUGGGGGCAGUGUGGAUGUCCAGUUCAAUGAGGAUGGCUCCUUCAUUGGCCAGUACAGCGGCAAGAAGGAGAAGGAGACAGCAGGGGGCAAUGACAGCUCUGGAGCCACCUCCCCCAUCAAUCCUGCAGUGACCCUGGAGUAGCAGAGUGGAGGGUGGCACUGGAGGCAGGGCUCUGCCC